ACUCAUUCAGUGUGGAGGUGCUGAAGAUUGCUUCGUGCGGUGAUCUAGUCUUUCAGUGAUUUCAUCUUUCAUUACACUUUUCUUUUCCGUUGCCAUUUGCUUAUUUUCUUGAGAGAUGAGUAAGAGGUUUACAGUCACCUCGAUCCGUGGAGAAGACGAAGUGACAUGGGCUCAAAGCAACAUCGUAGAGACAAGGAAAGGAGGCAGUGUUUUGAAUGGGAAUGAAGCACCAGACAGAGCAGAGUGCGGAGAGCAUCAUCUUCUGCCUAUACUGGAAGUUCCAAAGCCAGGAGAUGGAAACCCCAAGGAGAGCAGUCCCUUCAUUAAUAGCACAGAGGUUGAGAAAGGAAAAGAGUACGAUGGAAAAAACAUGGCUCUUUUUGAGGAGGAAAUGGACACCAGUCCAAUGGUAUCGUCCCUUCUCAGUGGACUAGCCAAUUACACCAAUCUUCCCCAGGGUGUCAAAGAACAUGAAGAGGCUGAAAACAAUGAAGGAACCAGAAAAAAGCAAGUCAAGGUAUUUAGAUAA